AUGUCUCAAAUUCUCAUCAAUAUGUAUUUUCUCUAUGGAAACAGUCUAAACAUCAAUUGCUAUUGGAUAUUAUGGCCGUCUAGAGCUUUUCUAUUUAUCCUAUUAUCCACAAUCCCAUUUCUGAUAGUAGAACGAGCCAUAGCUACAUAUCUUUUCUCGCAAUACGAGAAAAGCAGAUAUUGUAAAUGUAUAAACUACGUCGUUCUAGUUCUUCAGAUUAUUAUCCCUUUUUUCAUUUUUUCCGAUGACGUAAACGUCUUACAAAAUGUUGCUUGCUCCACUCGUUUCACAUGGGUCGUGUUAUUCUUGUCCAUUUGUCAACUGACCAGCUUCCCUGUAGCACUCGUUCUGCAUAAACUCAACUCGAGCAUCCGGAAAAGUCUGAAAAAUGGAGAGAAAAUCAGCGGACGUUAUCAAUUGAGAGAGAAUGCUCGUACAUGUCGUUCGCUGGCGUUUGCAUCUAUAGGCUCUUCUAUGUGGGUUCUCCUGUACAUGUCCUUUCAACUACACGUCGCGAAAUGUUUCAAAGAGAAAACUUCUCAUCCAUAUGAUAUUAUCAACUUAUCAUCAUUACAUAUAUUACUCUCAAUCAUCAUCAUGACCCAUUCACAAAUUAGGAGAAAAUGUCUGCAACAUACAAAACUUCAGAAUAGUCCAUUCUUUAACAAACUUCUAUGCAAUUAUACUACACACAGAUAUCGGGUGAAUGACCAACAAGGAAUUAGCUCUACUUCUCAGAAUAGCCAUUUCGAGUCAUUAAGUCGGCAAUGGCAGUCUACUAGAAAUAACGAGCCUGAUCAGAUACUUGAAACUGCCCAAGGUGGAGCUGCACCUUGA